GCAGACAUGACAUAUACUGACACAUCCGCUGUUGAUUAGACCAGAGGCUGUUUCACCGCAAUUAAAUUACAUCAGGAGAAGAUCGAGAGAAAAGAGCAGAGGGGACAACCCAAUCAAUACCUGGAGAGUUUUCAUUGUUGAGGGGUUCUGUAUCUGCGGGCCGCACUACUUUCGAGAGUGGGUUGAGAGAAUAUCCUAAUAAAACUUGCGUUGUGAUAAAAGUUGGUUUUGCGUAAAUGUCAUCAUGGCGCUGGGCCGCCCCUCUUUCUCCAUCAACGACAUCCUCACCCGGGGUGACACACGAGACAACAUUCAAAUUUCACGGGAUCUGACAGAUCUAUGCGCGUUAAAACUGGCCACCAUAAACCAGGAUCAGCCAACCGAGAGCAGAGAUGGGACCUCGAGGGGCCCCGGUUCAUCCACGUCGGACUGCAGUGAGGAACACAAACGGGAUGAGAUGGAGAUGAUACACAUCCGCCAAGGAAAUAUUCGUUCCUCUCCCGGUUUGGGCGACAUCAGGAACCCCACGUCUGAGGCCGGUAGUGAAGAGUCCACUGGAGAAGAGACGGAAUACAUGUCAUGCAGAAAAGACAUAAACAACAAACAACUACCCAGUCUGGAUCAAGACAAACAGAGGGAGGAAGAGGAGGAGAGGGAAAGUAGUUACAGCACCGUAGGCCAACCCAUAUCUGGUAACAAGAAGCGCUCCCGUGCGGCCUUCUCCCACGCGCAGAUCUACGAGCUAGAGCGCCGGUUUAACGUGCAGCGCUACCUGUCUGGUCCUGAACGGGCGGGCCUGGCGGGCGCCCUGAAGCUCACGGAAACCCAGGUGAAAAUCUGGUUCCAGAACCGGAGAUAUAAGACCAAACGGCGGCAGAUGGCGGCCGAACUAGCCUCCCGUAACUACUCUACACCAGCCACACUAGCUAAGAAAGUGGCGGUGAAGGUCCUGGUUCGAGACGAUCAAAGACAGUACGGUGAGGAUGACCUGUCCAGUCCGCCAGCUAUGCCUCUCUACCCGGCCUACCAAUAUGGAUACUACCCCUACAUGUACUGCUUCCAGCCAUGGCUCUCUAGCAAUGCACUUUGUGGGGGCAUGCAUUGACACAAUGGCGUAGCCAGGCCUCAAAAACAUGACAUUAAUUAACUUUAUGGAUUUAGGCCUACUAGAAGAAGACAACGACACUGGGUCGACAUUUCUACAUGCGUUUCUGUGUAAAUACUUUCUUUAUUCUCUCGUGGAGAGUAAGAUCAUUUCGACCCACAGUGAGCCUUUUUGAUGCUGUAGCCUACACCUGCAAGGACAAUCCUAUCGACAUCCCUCAGACAACAUUGAGGAUACAGAUAAAUGAAAUACACGUCCUGAAUAACGUAGAAGGCCUAGAUAAUAAUAUUGAAAUUAUUACGCAGGAAUGUAUAGACAAAUAAUAACUCAAUAAAGCUUUAAAACAAUUUGGGAAUUCUAGUGGUUAGAGCGUUGGACUAGAAAACCGAAAGGUUGCAAGUUCAAACCCCCGAGCUGACAAGGUACAAAUCUGUCGUCCUGCCCCUGAACAGGCAGUUAACCCACUGUUCCUAGGCCUUCAUUGAAAAUAAGAUUUUUUUCUUAACGGACUUGCCUAGUUAAAUAAAAGUAAAAUUAAAAUAAAAAAUAUCCUCAUUUAAUUUAUUUACACACACAAAAAAAUAUAACUCUUAUUAUAAAACAGGAGGAAUGUAGGAUUAAGGAUUAUGAAACAAUAUAGGCUAAUAUCAAGUGCUAAAAUCGAAAUGAAAACCAAUUUACAUUUCUAAAAUGUUAAUACACUUUUGACAGAAUUUUCGAUCUAAGCCUUGAACUUUAAAAUAACUUUUCACAUUCGGAUACAUGCAGUAGAUUCGUUAUAACAAAUAUCCUGGUAAACUAAAGUUGUUUUUCUCCGAUUCAAGCCAACAGCCAUCUUCAUUAUGAAAUUCGAAUCAGCAAAAAACAUGGAUAUCGAGGUAUUAUAUUCGUGCCUGUUAAACAUUGAACCCACAAGGACAGAAAUGUGUAGCCCUCAACAAGAUGAUCCAAAAGACUUUGCACCGAUGAGGACGUGAUGAGUGUGAAUAUAGAUGUUAAUAUUAUGGUCGAAAUCUUGAAGCCUGAAGCCUACAAGUUAAAGUAACGACAUCUAACAACAGACAAUCUAAAAAUGCUGGUUUGAAAAUAAUCAACUUUUAUAAUUGAAUAUGAGGCUUAGAAUGUAAAUGUAAUUUAUUAUGAACUAUCUAAUUAGGCAAGUUUAUAUUUUAUUAAUUUAAAUUCUAGAAGAUUUCACGUUUUCAAAAUGUUGAGCCAAAAUAAUUCAUGUAAAUACGGUACCUGCUGCUUACACUGCCCCGAUUUGUUUUGUGGUUCAAGUGUGCAAAUAUGGCUUCUACCUUCUCCAAGGGAUUUUCCAAACAGAUCUCUGAUAGUAUUGACAUUAUGGACCAUAAAUAGUGACCGUGGUUGAAUGGUAAAUCAAUGUCAUAUUAAUAGUAGGCUUAUAGGCCUACCUGUAAUUCCUAUACGGAUAUAUUUCCCUAUUCACUAAUUGAUAAUACAGAUACAACCAAUCGUAAUAAAAUCAUAAUUGUUCAUCAUUUAGAUACAUAUUCAAAUGUACAAUUUGAGUAGCAAAAAUGCAAACCACCCUAAACAUAGGCUACAUUUACUAACUUUAAUCCUGACCUAAUACACCUUGAUAAAAAAAGUUAAAUAAAAAAACGUGUAAAUGUUCAGGAAUUUAAAACGUGAAAUAUACACGAAAGGCAAAACGUGUUAAGCACACAUGUUUACAUUUUACGUUUUAGUCAUUUAUCAGACGCUCUUAUCCAGUGCCAAUCACAAUAUACAACACGUGUUGUAUGCGGAGCAUGUGACAAAUACAUUUAGAUUUGAUUUGAUUUUAAGCUAGUUCUGCAGCUGUAUGAGUCUGAGAGGUCAAAUAAAAUAACAAGUAAAAUAGCCCCCUAUGGUUUCUGGUCACAUGUUCCCGAAUGGCUAAAAAAUCACAACACUAAUCUUAAAAUAACAUAACAAAUAGCAGAGUUGGGAGAUUUGGAAAGCCAUAGUCAAUCAAUCAACAAUAUAAUAAUACUUUUAGUACAAAUAUGUAUUUUUAACUCGCAAUCUGUAGAUACUAUGCGAUUAGACAGGUUCAGAAUUUAUGUGAAACAUCACUGCACAGUUGAAAAAUAUAUGUCACAUGGAAAUCAUGAGUGGGCAGUGUACAGAAAGGAGAGGGGGAUGGUCUAAGAGUAGUUGAGGGGUGGAUUUAAAUGUUGUAUAAUAGUUUUGACUGAAAAACACCAUGUACAGUGAAUUCAAGUAUUCAGACCCCUUGACUUAUACCACAUUUUGUUACAUUACAGCUUUACAAAAAAAAAAAACGUCUCUCAUCAAUCUACACACAAUACCCCAUAAUGGCAAAGCAAAUACAGGUUUUUAGAUUUUUUUUUUAAAUGUAUAAAAUAAAAAAAACAGACUCCUGCGUUGUCUUGGCUGUGUGUUUAGGGUCGUUCUCCCGUUGGAAGGGGAACCUUCACCCCAGUCUGAGGUCCUGAGCGCUCUGGAGCAGGUUUUCAUCAAGGAUCUCUCUCUGUACUUUGCUCUGUUCAUCUUUCCCUGGAUCCUGACUAGUCUCCAGUCCCUGCCAAUGAAAUCAUUCCCACAGUAUGAUACCCCAUAAUGACAAAGCGAAAAGAGGUUUUCAGACAUUUUUGCAAAUGUAUUAAAAAUUAAAAACAGAAAUACCUUUUUUACAUAAGUAUUCAGACCCUUUGCUAUGAGACUUGAAAUUGAGCUCAAGUGCAUCCUGUUUCCAUUGAUCAUCCUUGAGAUGUUUCUACAACUUGAUUGGAGUCCACCUGUGGUAAAUUAAAUUGACUGGGCAUGAUUUGGAAAGGCACACACCUGUCUAUACAAAGUCCCACAGUUGAUAGUGCAUGUCAGAGCAAAAACCAAGACAUGAGGUCGAAGGAAUUGUCUGUAGAGCUUUGAGACCGGAUUAUGUCAAGGCACAGAUCUGGGGAAGGGUACCAAAAAAUAUCUGCAGCAUUGAAGGCCCCCAAGAAGACAGUGGCCUCCAUCAUUCUUAAAUGCAAGAUGUUUGGAACCACCAAGACUUUUCCUAGAGCAAGCCGGCCCGGGCCAAACUGAGCAAUCGGGGGAGAAGGGCCUUGGUCAGCGAGGUGACCAAGAACCUCAUGGUCACUCUGACAGAGCUCUAAGGUUCCUAUGGGGAGAAUGGAGAACCUUCCAGAAAGAAAACCAUCUCUGCAUAACUCUACCAAUCAGGCCUUUAUGGUAGAGUGGCCAGACGGAAGCAACUUCUCAGUAAAUGGCACAUGACAGCCCACUUGGAGUUUGCCAAAAGGCACCUAAAGACUCUCAGACCAUGAGAAACAAGAUUCUCUGGUCUGAUGAAACCAAGAUUGAACUCUUUGGCCUGAAUGUCAAUCAUUGUGUCUGGUAGAAACCUGGCACCAUCCUUACGGUUAAGCAUAGUGGUGGCAGCAUCAUACUGUGGGGAUGCUUUUCAGCGGCAGGGACUGGGAGACUAGUUAGGAUCGAGGCAAAGAUUAACGGAGCAAAGGACAGAGAGGUCCUUGAUAAAAAUCUGCUCCAUAGCGCUCAGGACCUCAGAUCUGGGCUAACAUUUUUCUUCCAACAGGACAAUGACCCUAAUCACACAGCCAAGACAAUGUAGGAGUGGCUUUGGGACAAGUCUCUGAAUGUCCUUUAGUGACCCAGCCAGAGCCUGGACUUGAACCCAAUCAAACAUUUCUGUAGAGACCUGAAAAUAUCUGUGCAGCGAUGCUCCACAUCAAACCUGACAGAGCUGGAGGUCUGCAGAGAAGAAUAGGAGGAACUCUCCAAAUAAAGGUGUGCCAAGUUUUUAGCAUUACAGACUCACAGCUGUAAUCACUGCCAAAGGUACUUCAACAAAGUAAGUAAAGGGUCUGAAUACUUAUGUAAAUGUAAUAUUUCAGCUUUUAUUUUUAUAAAAUUCGCAAAAAUGUCUAAAAACCUGUUUUUGCUUUGUCAUUAUGGGGUAUUGUGUGUUGAUUGAUGAAGAAAAAAAAAUAUUUUAUGAAUUUUAAAAUAACGUAAUAAAAUGUGGAAAAAGUCAAGGGGUCUGAAUACUUUCCAAAGGCACUGUAUAAUAAUAAAUAAAUAGUUACAAUAAAAUAACAAAGACCCCUCUACCCAUAAGUGAAAACUUCAUUGAAUUGUCAUGCUAAUUUUGGGUGUGUAGCCAUAUAGAGUGCUGUUUAAUUUGAUAAACACCAUCCCAUACCAUUAAUCCUUAAAUUCUAUGGUUAUGAAUGUGUUUACUGCUGUUGUGAAUCCCUUGCUCUGGCCCAGAUGCUUGAGUCAGAUGGAGCAAGUUGAUGUUGCACCAUACAGCCUCUCCUCAGGACAGAACCACAUUUAUCAUCAUGCUAUGCUGAAAAGACUGUGCAGACUAAACCCUCACCUCACUGUAAAAUACCCUGCCUAGGAGUUAGCUGCUGCAGUUUAACCAAAUAUAAAUAUCUAUGUUGGAUGGAGUUAAGUGGCAAUGGAAUAUCUGGUGGGGGAGAGAAAAUGGAAUGAGGAAUGCUGAAAGCGACAUUAGGCCAAUUCAAAAUGGGAACUUUGUAAAGCAUGUACACACACACACACACACACACACACACACACACACACACACACACACACACACACACACACACACACACACACACACACACACACACACGAUAACAUACCCACUACACACACGUACACAUGGAUUUUGUGUUGUAGAUAUGUGGUAGUAGAGUAGUGGUCUGAGGGUAUAUACUUAAUGUGCUGAGAAAUCUCUUGUGAAAUGUAUUGUAAUGUUUUUACAAUUGUAUAGAACUGCCUUAAGUUUAUUGGAACCCAGGAAGUUUAGCUGCUGCCUUGGCAGCAUCUAAUGGGGAUCCUUAAUAAUAUAUAUAUAUAUAUACAAACUCUACAUAGGGUUUUGUAUCACUCUCAUAACAUAAUUGAUGAGUGCAUGGGCUGUAGGCUAAAUUAUUGCAUUUUCAAUGCACAUUUAGAGGUUUGCAUUAAAAAGCCUGAAACAAACACAGAUUUCCUGAGUUGGCAGUUAUCCAGUUUAGUCAGGUUUUAGAGUGCUUCUCACACCUCAUGCUAUGUCUGCUACUUGAGUAGAACACGAUUCACUUCUCUCGUAGCUGAUGUGUGGUCAAAAAUGGGGCACAAAAUGGCUGCCGUGGCAUCACUUAGUUAGGUGCUAUAUCAGUACUAUUUGACACGUUUUUUUCUCCCUAACCACAUAAAUAAAGUAUUCAUCAUUAAUA